AUGGCAGAUGUUUCAGUCCUCCUGAUCGGCGCAAGCGGCGCUCUUGGAAAGCCGCUCCUGGAUGAGCUUAUCCGCCAGAGACAUCAAUUCAAGCGCAUCGCCAUUCUCGCAACCCCUGAAAGAGCCAACAAAUUCAGCAAUGUCGGCGUCGAAGUUGUUGUUGGUUCAUUCUUUGAAGUCAAGUCAUACCAAGGCUUCACACACGUCAUAUCCGCGGUCGGCAACCCCCUGAUGAUCCUGCAACCUGCCAUGGUUGAAGUUGCCGUCUCCGCAGGAGUAAAGCACUUCUACGCCUCAGAAUGGAACAGCGAUAUCUCGCAACCCCAGAUCCAAAACUGGCGCUAUUUCCGGGACAAGCAAGCCACAAGGUCCUAUUUACGUGCCAAGGCCGCUCGAGAACCCGGCUUCCAGUACACCCUCAUGGUCACCGGUAUCUUCACAGAGUGGGCGCUCGAUGAGUUCUACGGGGUUGACCACGAGAAGCUCACGGCAAAACUAUAUGGCCAGCCUGGUAGGAGGGUUGGAGUAACGAGCAUCCCCGACAUCGCACGGUACACCAUUGAUUCAUUACGGAUUCCGUUCGAGGGUCCAGGGCGCACGCUGCGGGUGCAAGGCUGGACGGGUAAAGUCGAAGACUUGAUUGGCGCUUUGGAGCAGGUCAGAGGCGUCAAGUAUCAAAUCAGCUGGCUGGAUGUCUCUGUGGCGAAGGAACUCGAGGAACAGGCCAGAGUGAACGAGGACGACUUGUCGGAGAUGAUGUUCAACAUCAAGCCGUUGGUGGUUAGUGGGUAUGGCGUUGCGGACGGGGUUGGCAAGUUGGACAAUGGGCUCUUUGACUUCAAGCCGGAGACGGCACAGGAGACCUUUGCCCGUGUCUUCAAGACGCAGACCUAG